UAAUCAGCUAACAAGAAAAUUCAAACAAAAGAAAAGGAAAAGGGGCGAAGAAAAAGGAGAACGAGAACAAAUUAUUUACGGAAAAUUAGCCACAAAGGACAAAGAGUCUCAUCCAAAUUCCAUGACAAGAUUUAUCAGUGUCAUGUUCCUAUUUGGACACUUUUAUAUCACUUGUCAAAAGAUUUGUUUGAUCUUCCCGAGUAUACUCUCCUAAAUUAGGUAAAAAAUCAGUUUCACAAUAAGAUGAAGAGUUUACUAUAUAGUAAAUACUAUACUGUAUUAAACUAAAUAUUUAUUCUGUUCACUAAUACAAUUGUAUUUUGUUCCCAUGGAAUCCCGUAUCCCAACUUACCAAAUUAAUGUUUAAUGGGUCGGUCAAUUAUGGUACAUUUAGUAGACCAGCGUGGACCUAUAUAAAUCAGAUGGAAGUGGAAUGUAUUGGAUAACAAAGUUGUCGCAAAAAUCUUUCAACUCUCCAUGCAAAGAGAGAAGAAUUUCUAUAGACAAUGUCCUAAUUAAUUACAAAAUUUACAUAUCACUACGAUACAAGUAGAGAUAGAUUUCUCAGACUUGGUGAACAUAAUUACAAAUCCUCAACGUUUGAUUUUGAGUUAGUUUCAUUUCACCUUUUACGAGAUAGUUUUUUUGGGAUUUUGCAUCUCAUAUAUUUUUGCAGAUCCAAGAAUAUGUGUGUAUUCUCUUGCCAAAGAAGCGAAAAGUAGUGGUGUUCUCUUUUCUCAUAUAUAUCAGAUUUGGUUGAAGCGGAUUUUUUCCUAGAACAAUUCAACCUCAACUGCCACUUGAUUUUAUAAAUUGGAUGUCAAAAAAUUUCAAAUUGUAUUUAUUGAAUAUAUUUUAAAUCUUUAAAAAAAAAUUGCGAUGUCGUGUGGCUAAUGAAUAAGAGAUCUUUGGCAUUUCAAGGUGAAUGAAAAUAGUGUGUCGGUAGCCCUAUGCAUUCACUUAAGUAAACCUUGACGAGAGCAAUGGCAUCUCGUCUGAUGGUGGUUAUGGUGUUGGUGCAUGAAACUUCUCUGAUAUAUUGUAGGCUACCGUCACAUUUCAAUAUUUAGUCAGUAAUUCAGAUAAAAAUAUUUCACAUCAUCACACACUAAAGAGAGCAUGAUAAAAAACAUUAACUCCACUUGUUGGUAUACGUUGGUCGUUGGGACGCAUGUUUGGAAUGCCCUCUAAAGAAUUACUAUUUGGUAAAAAUUGCACAAUGUCCACUAAAACUUAUGUGUAACUUUUCGCCAAUCGAUGAAUUCGUUUCAGGAUAUAGUGAAUUCGCCAAUCACUGGUCCAACGGCAUUUCUUGAUCUAUGUACAUCCACAGGUACAUCUUUUCAUAUACUACUAAUUAAAUUGUUAGUCUAACAUAGAUCACUGUUGAAUAUUUGUAUUUUCACAUGACGGUCAUAACUAUCAUAAAUUUGAAAUUGAUCUAUGCGGUGCAAACCUAUCAAUUUCUUUUAUUUUGUUGAGAUAGCCUUUAUGUCAGAUGUUAAGUAUAUGUAUUUUUACCCUCUUUAAUGUGCAUAUUAAAAUUAAUCACAAUUUUUUUUCCAUUAUUUUGGGCAUUUUCCACCCUCGUGAUAAGUUCAUCCAUCUUCAAGUCUGUUGCUCGUUUCUUCAUCGACAUUAAUUCAGUCAUUUGGUCAGUUCAUGAUAUUUAUCCAUUCUCUUGAAAGCAUUUUAGAGCUCUCUGAAGAACAGUGUUCCUUUUUUUUUUUUUUUGUCACUAAAACAAACGACAUAUUAGAUUGAUACCUAACUCACCAAGCGACAUAUUAAAUUAUUCUACUUGUUUGGCCCAGCUCAAAAAUGAACUAUUUCAUAUUUUAUGUUUUCUGACUCUUCCGACUUGGAUUCUCAGGACGUCUUCAGAUAACCACACUAUAGUCCAUGAUCCCCUAACCAUACUUUGGAAAGUUCAUGUUGCUCACUAGCAUUGAGCCCACCUUGUAGAAGAACAUCACGGAUCUCCCAUUUAUCCUACAAUAGUUUAAGAACACGAUUGUGUACCCAAACAUAUACUAUCCAUUGUCUUGGAAGAACAAUUAAUAUUCAAUUUUUGGUUAGUUAGUUGGUUUGGUUUGACUCAGCUCCCGCCUUUCGUGUAACUCAUUAAAGAGGAAACCAUGAAAAGAUUGUUGAUCUCAACCAUAUUUUACGACAAAUUGAAUUCUUAGUUAACGAACUCAUAUAGGACCGAGGAAAGGAAAACUUAAUACUAUAGAAUAUGAAUUUAUAUCUUUCUGUUACCGUAGGUUUCAGACUCUGCUUUGGUAAUUUAAUUAUAUGUCGAUGAAUCAUAGUUUUAUGUCACAGUAGAACAUUUUUGAUUUAGCAAACACUAUACAUUAUUUUUGGCGCAAAAAAUCUCUGAAUCUUGAUCUAGAAAAUUAUGCAGGUUUUUAAAAACAGUUUAAUGAAAAUAAAUCAAGAGUUGAUCCAAAUGUUAAAAAUCUAGUCAAUGGUCCCCAAUUGCCAACGGCUCCUUUGGACUCUCCGCUUUAGGGCCCUCCACGCCUUCAUAAAUUCCAACGCUAAUAAACUUUCAAAAGAUUACAUUUUUAAUUCCCCCAAGUGAACGCUUUCUGCAUUCCCAACGCCUUAUUUUAGAAGCUUCCUCGAGACACUCAACUUAACUACUUGUCUUCAUCUCGAAUCUGUCUUUCCUUAACUUUUACACUCUGUUUUGUAUUCUUUCCUUUUUCUCCGACACGUUUCCAAGUUUAGAGGAUGAAACACAAAACAGUUCAAGGACUCGCAGUUCUGUUCUUUUUACUGGUCGUCGUUAUAUCAAAACCUUCUAAAAAUAGAUAAAACAAACACACAGUUGCACUGAAUUUCUGUUUCUUCAUCGUUACCUUUGUCUUAACACCAAAAAUUAGUAUCUUCAGUUAGUUACAAAAAAACGAACUUUUCUUCCUUUUUUUCUUCUUCUUCUUUCCCCUUUUGGAGAGAGACAAACAUAUUCACAAGAUCGAGAUCCGAUCAAAGAUGAGUCUUUAUGUUGUUUGUCUUCCUCUUCUUGAUCGUUAACGAAAUGGCGUCUUCUCAGUUAGAGAUCGCCUCUUUGCGAUCUAACUUCGGAUGCAUCAUCCUCAGAGACCGCAACCAAAGGCAGAACAACCACGACGCCGUUUUCAAAAAGAAGAACAAAAGCCGUCUUGGGUCGCCGGAGAAACCACGUACCGGCAAAGGAAAUAACUUUUCCGACAGCACGAAGAGAAACGACAAACGUGGAGGAGCUUCUUCUCUUGUGCAGAUAUGGGAGGCGAGGCUGAACCGAUCUAGCACCGGAAACUCAUCGCCGAUUCAAGAAGAAACCAACCUUUCGGCUCCAUCUACCGACGGAGAGUCUGAAUCAGAGAACGUGUCUAAGAAUAAUGAUCCAACGGUGGAGGUUGAAUCCGGUGCUCUCGGUACGGUUCCUGAGUCCGGAGAGAGCAAAUGGGGCAGAGUCGCUGAGAUUAUCCGGAAACUGAAGCUAACCGCCGGAGAUAAUGUUCGUGCCGCCGACGUGCUGAACAUUAAAACGCCGAAGCAGGAGAAAAGUAGUUUUCGGGCGGUUACUUGCUCGCCGCGUCUACGAGGACGGCAAGCGUUCUCCGAUUUGCUUAUGCGUUUGGAACGCGACCGUCAUCGCGAACUGGAGUCGCUUGCUGGACGCAACGCAGUUUCUAAGUUUUCUCAACGCGGUCGUCUCCAGUCAAUGUUGCGGCUAAGGACUCUCAAACGCGGCUUAUUGAUUCAAGACCGUCAUCUUUCUAGCGCAGAAACACCUGAUCUGAGUCGCUUUGAAUUUGGUUCUACAGUUCUUAACCUAAGGGAAAGAUUCGGGGCAAACGCCACUUCUGAAGCAGAACGGAAGAAGAGACAAGAAACUACCUUAGAAACAGAGAGAAGUACCGAGAGCAUGAAGCCAAAAGACACUACUAUUCUUCUAGAAACGUCUUCCGCAGAGCGGUUUAGCCAUCGAAACCACAAGAUAGAGGAAGCAAACUCACGCAAGAAAGAAACCGAACCAAAGAUGAGUUACCGUCAGCUGCAAGAAGCUUUGAAAAGAAAAAUUGAUAACACAAGCCCCCACACCAUCGUAACUCUUCAAGAACCGCGUACACCGGAGAAGGAAAUGGCGAACAUUGUGGAAAGCCGUAAAAAUGGAACUCAUGAAACACCGUUCCUUGAGUCGCAAGAAACGUCGUUUGUAUGGGAAUAUCAAGAAGAGUAUGAGGAUGAACAAUCUUAUUAUGGAGAAACGAGCAACGACUGGUUUACUGAAAUAUCUCGGCCUCGGACUUACUGGGAAGAUCUGAGGAAAUCGCGCUACUUGGAAGUGAUGAACACUCGAUCUGACAAAGACGAUAUAUGCAGACUCCUUGAGAGAAGAACAGUUUCUGAUUUCCUCCAGAGCGAAUUGCGAGAGAAGAUCGACAAGCUCAUGAUGUCCCGUGUUCAGACACAUCCGGUUCAGAGAAUUGAGGAAGCUGGUAAAGAGGAACAAGAAUGUGACAUAGGCCAAGGAGAAGAUGAAGACGACGAAGAAGUCAGAGAUGACUUGAGCCACACGUCAUCGCAGUUAUUUGCCCCAUCACCGGCAGGAUCAUGGAGUUCUCAGGACAUAGGAGUUUCUUCCACACCUGACUUAUCACCACUGCACACUCCUCAAUCCACUGAGAUGGAGAUUAUAAGCGAGUUGAGAUCACAGAUCUUACAGCUCCAGCUAGAUAUGUCGGAGCUACGUGACUCUGUCAAAACGUGUUUGGACGUAAACGCUACCCUUCAAAAGUCAGUUCACCGCGAAAAUCCCCUGAAACGCAAAUGCUGCGUUUGUAACGCAUCGCAAGUUGAAACACUUCUAUACAGGUGCGGACACAUGUGCACAUGCCUAAGAUGCGCAAACGAGCUACAAUGUAAUGGCGGGAAAUGCCCUAUUUGUCGUGCUAAGAUUCUAGACGUUGUUCGCGUCUUCUUCGAUUCAAGCACCUAAACAACUAAUGAAACCAACGGUUCAAAACGCUAACAAUACUUCACCUUAACCUUACACACGUUUGUUUGUUGUAUAACCCACCCUUUUUUCUUCCUUUGUUUGCUUUUACGUUUGACUGGAGGGCGUUUGCAUUUCGGAUCUGCCUCAGAGAUUCAUAUCAACUCUUUUCUUGACGUUGAAGUUUUCUUCUUCUUGUAAAGACACAUAUACCUUUUUACUUUCCUUCCAUCAAGUUUGUACGAUGUUGAAAGGUUUAGUAUUUACCGUUUA